GAAAAACCGCACCCUGCCACUGCCAGUUUCCGGCGCAGCAGCAGCAGCAGCACAGCAGCGCGUGUUGGUUGCCACUCCGCCCGACGCCUUCCUCGGCUGGCUCCUCCCCCUCCCCCCGCACUCCCCUUCCGCUUGGGCUUCCCCUCCCCCAGAUUCCCGAUUUCCUCCCCGCAACCCCAAAUUCGAAUCCCGCGCCUCCCCUCUCCCCCGCGCCGCCGAUGCCCUCCUCCAGGCGCUCCUCGCCGCGCGCGUCCGCCGAGAUGGAGGACGACGCGUCCGCCGACGCCUCCCCGCGCCGCCCCAGCAAGCGCUCCAAGCCCCGCCCCCGCUCCGGCGACCGCCGCCGCUCGCCCAACCCUAACCCUAGGCCCCGCGCCGACUACUACGGCUCCGAGCCCUCCCGCAAGAGCGAGCGCAAGCGCAAGCCCCGCUCCUUCCCGGACUCCGCCUUUCUCUCCCAGGCCAUCACGGUGCCCGCCUCGUCCUCGGGCGGCCUCGGCGGCCACGGGGCCGCCCAGAAGCUCUGGACCGACGCCGACGAGAUCGCCCUGCUCAACGGCGCCAUCUCCUUCCGGGCGCGCUACGGCAUCGCGCCGCGCCUCCCCGACGUCGAGGGGCUCUACAACUCCCUCAGGGACUCCCUCUCAUCGCACAUCAACCAGGCCAAGGUCUACUACAAGCUCAAGCGGCUCAAGAGCAAGUUCUGCAACACGGCGCUGCCGCCCACCAGCACCCCGCACGAGCGCCGGGUGCGCGCCCUCUCUGCCGACCUCUGGGGCACCGAGGUCGCGCCUUCAGCGGAGGAUCUCCCAGAAGCCGAAGAGCCCGAGGAGGAGGACGCUGACGAGGGAUACACUGGCGCGGAUGUGGCUGUGGCCGUGUCGGUGUCGGCGAGGCUGCCCUUGGUCAGCGAGCUGCUAGGUGAGUACUGGAGGAGGAACGGCCGUGCCAUGUCAGGAGUGUCACUGGAGAAGGGUUUGGGGUUGCUUGGUGCAGAGGAGGGCAAUGUAGCUGAGACCAGAUGGAGGAAGCAGCUUGAUGCCGAGAUGCGCACACAGCUGCGCCGGCAUGAUUUAGCAAAGGAGGUCUUCGGCUUGCUCAGCGACACCAUCAAAGGCCUAGGGCCUUAGCCCGGGGCUGCGUUUGGUGGUGUAUAUAGCUGGAUACGUUUGUAGGCACGAUGUCUAUUUUGUAGGCUGAUCAACCACAAGGUACUUGGUUGCUGACCACAAGGCCCUAACCGGGUGUCUACUUCGUGGGUUCAUGCCUAAUCAAGUGGAGCUAGUUAAUGCUUUUUGCAAGACACCCAGGUUGGGAGACACUUAUUUUGCUAAUCCGCUCGCCUCAUGUUCUAGAUAUAUAUGCUAAGGAAUCCCGGUCCACAGACAAUGACAGCUCUCGUAUCGACGUCACGUCGUCUGUAAAAUUGUAAAUCAUUUGCUAACUACUGCUACUUGGCUAGGUGUGUUUUGGGGGUGCAAAGAUGUGACGCAUGGGUAUUUGUGUUUGA